GGCGGAGAGGAUUCGGUCCAGCAUCUGCGGAGCCGAGCGACUGACAGUAACACGGCGUUCAUCUGCGAAAAAUGAGCAGGAAUCUGCCUCCCGCCACGAUGACCGAACCGGAUUUUUAACGACCGAACAUUCUCGCCCGCGAGCGUCGGAGUCCCGACCUUCAUUCAUCAAUGAGAUAUUACGAGAAGAGGCUCUUCUUCUACGGCUCGCUGCUGAAAAACACAAGAUGAAGAAGCAGUUCAACCGAAUGAGACAGCUCGCCAACCAAACAGUGGGCAGGGCUGAAAAAACUGAAGUAUUGAGUGAAGACCUAUUGCAGGUUGAGAAACGAUUAGAGCUGGUCAAGCAGGUUUCCCACAGCACGCACAAGAAGCUGACGGCCUGUCUGCAGGGACAGCAGGGUGUGGACGUGGACAAGAAGUCUGUCAGGUCACCCUCGAAAAAACUUCCUCUCACGACGCUCGCACAAUGCAUGGUGGAGGGCGCCGCCGUGCUCGGGGACGAGUCUCUGCUGGGGAAGAUGUUGAAGCUCUGCGGCGAGACGCAGGAACGACUCGCUCAGGAGCUCGUCUCCUUCGAGCUCACCAUCGAGAAGGACGUGAUCGACCCGUUAUCAGAGCUCUCAGAGGUGGAAAUCCCAAACAUCCAGAAACAAAGGAAACAUUUAGCAAAACUGGUCCUGGACAUGGACUCUGCACGCACAAGGUACUACCAGUCCACCAAAUCCUCAGGACUGUCCAGCAACCUGCAGCCAACCGGAGCCAAGGCCGACCACCUCCGGGAGGAGAUGGAGGAGGCAGCCAACCGCAUGGAGCUCUGUCGAGAUCAGUUAUCAGCAGACAUGUACAGUUUUGUGGCCAAAGAAAUUGACUAUGCAAGCUACUUCCAGACACUGAUAGAAGUCCAGGCAGAGUACCACAGGAAGUCGUUGGAGCUGCUGCAGAGUGUCCUGCCUCAGAUUAAAGCUCAUCAGGAGACCUGGGUGGAGAAACCGUGUUAUGGGAAACCAUUAGAGGAGCACUUAGCGCUCAGCGGGAGAGAUAUUGCCUUCCCCAUCGAGGCGUGUGUCACCAUGCUGCUGGAGUGUGGCAUGCAGGAGGAGGGUUUGUUCAGAAUUGCUCCUUCGGCCUCCAAGUUGAAGAAGCUGAAGGCGUCGUUGGACUGCGGGGUGCUGGACGUUCAGGAGUUUUCUGUAGACCCGCACGCCAUCGCAGGCGCUCUGAAGUCGUACCUGCGAGAACUACCUGAGCCAUUAAUGACCUUUGAACUCUACGGUGAUUGGAUCCAAGCCUCAAACAUCCAGGAUCAGGAGAGGAGGCUUCAGGCUCUGAUGGGAGCCUGCGAGAAGUUACCUCCAGCCAACAACAACAACUUUAAGUAUUUGAUCAAAUUCUUGUCCAAACUGACUGAAUACCAGGACGUGAACAAGAUGACUCCAGGAAACAUCGCCAUUGUCCUCGGCCCAAACCUGCUCUGGACUCACAAUGAAGGCGACAUCACCGAGAUGAUGACGACGGUAUCCCUGCAGAUUGUCGGCAUCAUCGAGCCCAUCAUCCAGCACGCCGACUGGUUCUUCCCAGGAGAAGUCGAGUUCAACAUCACAGGAAACUACGGCAGCCCCGUCCACACCAACCACAACGCCAACUACAGCUCCAUGCCGUCUCCGGACAUGGAGCAGAUAGAGCGCCGGCAGAGCGACCAGAGUCGACGGCCGCUGAGCGUGGCCACAGACAACAUGAUGCUGGAGUUCUACAAGAAGGACGGCAUGAGGAAGAUCCAGAGCAUGGGUGUCAGGGUGAUGGACACUUCUUGGGUGUCGCGCAGGGGCUCCUCGUCUGCGCGUAAAACCUCCUCCACGCCACCGAGCGUGCACCCCCCAACCCCGCCCGCUGACGCUCUCAUCCCUCAGCAGCCCGGAGAUUUCUAUGCCUCCCCCUCCCCAACCCCUCCUCCCAAUAACAGCGACAGAGCCAGCACUCUGAAGAACAAGGAGCUGUCUCCGGUGAUUGGACAGAAGAGUCUGCAAGGGACAGUGUCCUCUAGUGGACAGUCUCAGCACUCUGAGCACAGCCCACACAGCCUGAGGAGAGCAAAGAAGCUGGCCCCGAUUCCACCUAAAGGCCCUUACUGUCAGACGGGAGCCAUGUCCGACCAGUCCACGGGUCAGCCGUCUCCGGUCAGCCUGUCGCCCACCCCUCCCAGCACCCCCUCUCCUUACGGCUUCAGCUACCCGCAGGGUUACGCCACCAUUGGUUCCCCGAGUCAGAUCCAGAUGGCAACCGCCCCGUCUCUGUCCUCUCCGCCCUCGCUGGCCGGGACGCUCACCAAGACCAGACCGACCCCCAAACCGCCCCGGCAGAGGCCCAGCUUGCCUCCCCCUCAGCCCCCCUCCACACCUGGCACCAGCCCUCAGCCCCUGGAGCACUCACCAGGGCUCCUGGAUGGUCUGCCUCCCGGGGAAAGCAUGUCCACAGAUUCCUUCUGCAACUUGGACAUCCCCAUCAUCGACGUGGACCUGGACGGUAUCUUGGACUUGACGCACAUCUCUCCCUACAGGAACUCAGAGGCGCAGCUCGAGUGGAACAACGGCGGAAUGGACUCCGAGGAGGAUUCUGAGAGCACGGUGUUAUGA